AUGUCGACCUGGGGUGAUUACUUCCGCGUCACCACUUACGGUGAAUCGCACUGCCGCUCUGUCGGCUGCAUUGUCGAUGGCUGCCCUCCCGGAAUGGAGCUCACUGAGGAUGAUAUUCAGCCCCAAAUGACUCGCAGACGCCCCGGCCAGAGUGCCUUGACAACCCCCCGAAACGAGAAGGACCGCGUCGAGAUCCAGUCAGGAACAGAAUUCGGUGUCACUCUGGGCACUCCGAUUGGCAUGAUGGUGCGCAACGAGGAUCAGAGACCCAAGGAUUACGGCGGUAGCACAAUGGACCUGUACCCCCGUCCCAGCCAUGCCGACUUCACCUACCUGGAAAAAUAUGGCGUCAAGGCCAGCAGUGGUGGUGGCCGCAGCAGUGCCCGCGAGACGAUCGGCCGAGUCGCUGCCGGAGCCAUUGCCGAAAAGUACCUUCGCCUAUCGCACGGUGUUGAGAUCGUCGCCUUUGUCUCCUCCGUCGGCAACGAACACCUGUUCCCCCCUACUCCCGAGCACCCCACCGCCUCCACCCAGCCCGAAUUCCUGAACCUGAUCAAGACCAUCGACCGCAAGACCGUCGACUCCUUCGUGCCCACCCGCUGUCCAGAUGCUGAUGCCGCCGCCCGCAUGACCAAGGUGAUUGAGCAGUUCCGCGACAACCACGACAGCAUCGGCGGCACCGUCACCUGCGUGAUCCGCAACGUGCCCGUCGGCCUGGGCGAGCCCUGUUUCGACAAGCUCGAGGCCAAGAUCGCCCACGCGAUGCUCAGCAUCCCCGCCACCAAGGGCUUCGAGAUCGGCUCCGGGUUCGGCGGCUGUGAGGUUCCCGGCUCGAUCCACAACGACCCCUUCAUUGUCUCCGACGUGGCAUCCCAGCUCGGUCCCAACACCUCCACCAAACAGCGGCUCACCACCAAGACCAACAACUCUGGCGGUAUCCAGGGCGGUAUUUCCAACGGUGCCGACAUCUACUUCCGUGUCGCGUUCAAGCCCCCGGCCACCAUCGGCCAGGCUCAGAACACUGCCACCUACGCCAUGGAGGAGGGUAUCCUCGAGGCCAAGGGCCGCCACGACCCCUGCGUCACUCCCCGCGCCGUUCCCAUCGUCGAGGCCAUGUCCGCCCUGGUCAUCAUGGACGCCCUCAUGGCUCAGUAUGCUCGCGAGAGCGCCAAGAGCCUCCUGCCUCCCCUGCCCAACACCAUCCCCACCCGUCCUACCCUGAGCGGUUCCAACUAA